AUGCCUCUGCACGUGUCGGAUUCGUGUUUGGGAUAUAUCGCACUGCCGCUGAUGGACAUCAAGAAUUCAGACAGAGUGAAGCCGCACGCACUCACGAACCCACAGACCGCCGACGGGCUGAAUGGUACUCUGAUGUUUGGCAUGUGCUACCAACUGAGAGCGCCCAAGGGCAUUGAUGUGGACAAUUUACCUAG